AUUGGGCUUGUCGGCCUCUGACGGGAUAGAACACACCUUACCCUCUACCUUCAUCUGAAGCUGACCACAUUCCCUCUCGUUCAAGUUGAAAUAUGGCCGAAUCUUCAGUUCAGGCUGACGUACCUCUUGGGCUCGAGCACUUCAAAGAAGUUGUUCGUGAACAUCACCCGGACCGCACUGUCACAAGCUUCGAGACAGUCAGGCCGAAGAUCAGGAAUGGAUACACCACGUACAUUCUUUCUCUGGAUCCUCCCUCCACGUCUUUCCUAACGGUGUCUAUGCCCGAGAAUACCACCAAUCCUCCAGCGUCUGAAUACGAUACCUCCAACCCUGCUUCUACUUCCGAUGCCGAGCCUGCACCAGGUAUCCCACCACACACCUUCGAGCUCAUCGCGCACCUCUCGGAGCGCAUCCGUUCGAACACCUCCAUGCCUGUCCCGGACAUCGCUCUCGGGACCUGCGCCAACCAUCGCUACAUGCUCACCGCGCCUCAGCCGAUCCAGAAGCCUGUCCCACUAUCCUGCGCAUCCCUCGAUGCCAAGCAGCGGACACUCGUCGACCUCAAGCUUGGCCAAGCCUUCGCUCAACUGCACCAGAACGUGCAGAACGACUGGUUCGGGAUCCCCGCCGAGACCGCACCAGUGGCGCCUUCCCUGCCAGGGCUGCUGUCGCCGUCCAGCGUGCUCCCCAACGCACUGAGCGCAGCACCCUCGGACACGGCGUACAGCUGGCAGGAGACCUUUACUGGCCUGCUCGAGGACCUCCUGCAGCACCUGCCGCCCGCGCACGCUGCCGCAAUCCCGCUCGCCGACAUCCGCGCCUGCCUAUCGCGCGCGAUCGGCUUCUACCUGUUCGACGACGCGGACGUGCCCGCGCUCGUCACGCUCACCGCGUCGCCCGAUCUCAUCUACGUCGAGGAGAAUCCCUCUGGCGAUGCGGGCAUGGAUGUACCGAUCGUCAUCCCGCCCGCGCUCGCGCUCUCGCACUCCGUGUACGGCGACCCGCUGCUGGAGGGCAUAUUCCUGCCGCCGGGGCCCGGGGAGGCGUUCAUGGAGGGGUACAAGGAGGCACUGAUCGUGUUCCCGCGACAGCGGACGAAGCGGAUGUGGUACACGCUGUUCUUCGCGCUGCUCGCGCUGACGGCGAAGAAGCGAGACAAGCAGGAUGAGGAGUGGGCGUUGAAGAUGAUUGAGGAAACUGUGGAGGCGUUGAAGAAGGCUCCGUCGUACUAGACCCUCAGGCCCAGGUUUUAGUUACGGACCAGGUCAGCCAACUUUCGAGAACGAGCACAUACACAUAGUACGCUAGUCACCGGGCGUUACCCUUUAUACAUGCCCCAACUUCGUGUGUAAAUGUAAUUCCAAACAACACGUAGAAUAGCAUUCCGCGCCAUAACACAAUUUGGUUCUGACCGAGUGAUGCAGUGGCGGAGCGUAUACCUUGUGUCGGACUCGAGAGGGGACUGCUUUGGUUCGCACAUCUGACAUAAGAUAGCAUAGUAUGAUAUCAACAGUGGCCGACGUGUAAAGUACAUAUCCAGUCUAGUCUAGUCAAGAGAGAAAUGAAAACAUA